AUGGAUCUUGGUAGUGACGAGGAUCGGAGCUUAGCCGGGACGCUGAGUGGGACAAAGAUUCCCACUGGGCCACCAACGAGAAAAGGUUCGAGAGCGGGUUCCCCGCGCCAGAGGCGGAGGAGAUCAAAAAGUAAAUCUAAAACAAAACGUAGAGGUGGCCGGAGAAGUAAAUCAAAGGGUAGGCGACGCCGCUCGUCUCGUCGUUCGUCUCGUCGCUCUCGGACCGGGUCGAGGCGUGGAAAGCGACGCGGCUCGGUCAGGAAAGUGAGCAAAGCGGGGAUGACUUCGUCAGAGUCAGGAACUAACUCCCCCGAAGGGGCGAUAUCUCCAGUUCCAGUUCUUGGAGAAGGCGAAUCUUCACUCAUCAGCAGUCACGUCACCGAGCUUGAGAUAACCCUUUAUCGUCCCUUGCCUGAGGACGGUAAACCAUUAUUAUUUUUCGACACAACAGCUUGUCUUUUUAGAGAACAUGGGAGACAGAUUGAUUAUGUUGGCGUCGGGCGAAGGAUGACGAAUGAUAAAGGCCUCCUGCAUAGGGCGCACGAUGUGGUUUCUGUUGACACUGCUUGUAAAGUUUCAGACAACUUCCUCGAACCUGCUGGUGGUCCGAAGGUGGUGGCUGGUGAUACUGUCGUUGCAAACUUGAAGAAAGUGUCGAUGUGCGCCGGUUUUUCUUUGUGCUCCACUUUAUUUACGAAAGAGGUGCCCCUCUGCGAAGCGACAGGAGUGUAUUAUGCGGUAAAAAAGGCAAAUGAAAGACUUCCCUUAGCAAUUGUUCCCGUGCAAGUGACGACUGUGGGGCAUAAUUCAUGCAUUGUGCUGAUGGUACGCAAAAGGAAAAACUGUUCUGAGAGUGCUUGGGAGCUCGUUCGACUUGGAGAAACUCUGGUGCAGCAGGACGUCAAGGGUGUCGUAAAGGCUCUCCAAUCCCGAGGGCUUGUGGAUCCUGCCAACUACACGUUUGACUUCCUUCGCUUUCUCAGCCAUUCAGCCGCUGACCAUGAUAGUGAGAGCAUGGAUUCUUUUGACGACUACAUAGACGAUGCUGAUCACCUGCGCGAGAAGAGUCCAACUCCAUUUACCGACAGCCUUGCACCAGAUGAUCUGCUUCGCAAUAUACCACGGGUGAAACGAGAGGGAAGACGCCAAUAUAGUGUUGGCCGGUCUGCGGUUAACCUUUUCGUCGCAGAAGGAGACAGUUCUGAUGAUGAUGAAGUAACCGAGGACGCACUGCGUGCCGUCGUACCCAAAUACACAGACACCUUGCCUGUUCGCUACGAUGAUAAGACAUACAAUAUCGGUUCGUGCUCCGACAGACUUACCCACCACUACGUGGAUCGCCGCGAAGAAUAUGGGCUGAUAAGCGCUGAUGUGCUUGGUAAUGGCAGUACUAACCUGCCUCCUAUUGUAAAUCCUACAUCACUGGACUUACGUCGGUUCUCCUUUGGGACAAUGGGCUUCCUGCGUCCUCCUAUACCACCCGAGCUUUCAUCUACGUUCCCUCAUAUGGGCCGCCGGCGACCUACGCUCUGUUCGAGAGGCACGCGCCUGGGUUCUCCUUCGAGGAAGAAACGCCGAAAGGGCAAGCCGAGAAGAAAGAGAAAGAGUCGUAGCCGUAGCCGUAGCCAUAGCCGUAGGAAGCGGAGAUCUUCUUCACGGAAGUCUAGUUGCAAAAGCAGGGGGGGAACAGAAAAGCAAUAG